AUGGCUUUUCCCCUUGCCGGCCCCCCCAAAUCCCUCCUGGGCUACCACCGCCAACUGGCCCCAAAUGCUGCCGUGCGCGUCUCCCCCCUCUGCCUGGGCGGCAUGUCCUUCGGCACCGCGUGGAAGGACGUGCUAGGUUCCUGCGACAAGGAAACGACCUACGCUCUUCUCGACUACUUCAAAGAAAAUGGCGGCAACUUCGUUGACACGGCGUCCAACUACCAGAACGAGGAGUCGGAGACGUGGAUUGGGGAUUGGAUGGCCGAACGGGGUUGCAGGGAUGAGAUGGUGAUCGCGACAAAGUUUUCGACUGCGUAUCAGGCUUACAAAGGCCAUGACAAGAUUAUUCAGAGUAAUUUUGGGGGCAAUAAUAGUAAAGGGGUGAGGGUUUCGGUGGAGGCGAGUUUAAAGAAGUUGAGGACGGGGUAUAUUGAUCUCUUGUGGUUGCAUUGGUGGGACUAUACUACCAGUAUUCCUGAGUUGAUGCAUACACUGAACGAUCUGGUGGUGAGUGGCAAAGUGAUCUAUCUGGGGGCUUCGGAUACGCCUGCUUGGAUCGUGGCAAAAGCAAACGAGUACGCUCGAGGGCACGGCCUCCGGCCCUUCGUCGCCUACCAGGGCCGUUGGUCCGCCGCAACCAGAGACUUCGAGCGCGACAUCAUCCCCAUGUGCCGCGCUGAGGGCAUGGCGCUCUGUCCCUGGGGUGCUCUCGGGAGCGGAAACUUCAAGACCAAGGAACAGCGCGAGGCCCAGGAUGGCCGCAAGAUGGGUCCAGCGUCGGAGGAGGACAUUAAGCUCUCUGAGGUUCUGGAGAGGAUCGCGAAACGCAAAGGCAGCAUCAUCACGGGCAUCGCACUAGCAUAUGUCAUGCACAAGACGCCUUAUGUCUUUCCCAUCUGUGGUGGGCGAAAGAUCGAACACCUCAAGGGCAACAUCGAGGCCUUGAGCGUGCGCCUGACACAGGAGGACAUGGAUGAGAUUGAUGCUGCAGUUCCUUUUGAUCUGGGUUUCCCGCAUAAUUUUGCCAUCUCGAUCGCCGGAUCAGCGAGCAUUGGUCAUGAGAUUGGACCUGGGGAUCUGUGGUUGGCCACGAUGGCGGGCAAGGUUGAUUUCGUGCAGCGUGAGGCGCCUAUCCCGGGUGGGCUGCACAAUGAGGAGAUGGAGAAGGCACGGAACGGAGCUUGA